AUGGAUGACUGGUGGAAACGUUUGAAAGACUUCCGUGUUUCCGAAAAGGUUGGGUUCUUAGUAGAAAACCCAGUGUUACAGUAUCUGGACUACACCGGUCUGCAGAGUUAUGAAGAGUACUGUUUAGCCCACAGUCUGUUGUCUACAAUUGCACACUGUUACGUUUGGCAAGACAGAGAUAAGGGCGUGAUACCUAAGGUUCUUCCGAGGGCUGUCGCUGUACCAUGGUACCACGUGUCCCAGUACCUAGGACUUAACCCUGUCUACUGCUACAUGGCAGGUAUACUGGCUAACUGGAGGAAGGAAUCGGAAGACAGCAGCGACAUUGAACGUAUUUGCUGCGCACCCGGCAGUCCUCAAACUGACUGGUUUUUCAUAGUUUCUGUUCUAAUCGAAAUAGACUUUGGCAAGGGAGUCAAGGAUAUAAUUAAAACAUAUCAGGCGUUGACGACAGGUGAUGACGAUGGUUUGAUAGAAGGUUUGCAAGGGAUGGCUGACACCAUUCAGAGGAUGCAACAAACACUGUCCAGAAUGCACGAAAAACAGGACCCUUGGACAUUUUAUCAUAAACUUCGACCGUUUUUCGAAGGUUGGGGAGCACAAAGCAAAUUUCUCCCGGAAGGACUGAUAUACGAAGGUGUCAGCGAUUCACCGUUACAAUACUUGGGAGCAAGUGCAGCCCAGAGUUCAACCAUCCAGACCUUUGACGCCAUAUUUGAGGUCAAACAUACAGCAGAAGCAGAGCAAUAUCUCAGAAAAAUUCGGGAAUAUAUGCCUGCCAGCCACAGAGAGUUUCUGAACGCCAUAGAAAACGGACCUUCUCUCAGACAUCACGCGAGAUUAAAUCGUGACGAUAGUGUUCGGAAAGCAUACAACAAAUGCAUACAAGCACUUACCGAGUUUCGAUCAUACCACAUUACGAUUGCUGUUAAAUAUAUUUUACUGCAGUCAUACCAGAAAGAUGGAGAGUCAAGUAAUAUCACGGAGGCCCAAGGGGUAGGCGGGACAUAUUUGGUCUCCUUCCUGAAAUCGACUCGAGGCCAGACAGCCAGGUGUAUCCUUGGCGACAGCGAGACAGAUCACGUGACGUGGCAGGCAGACGACACGGCUUUAGUAGGCUUGAAAAUGGAAAUAAGUCCGUCUCUUCUACACCCCGGGACCAAUCAUAUCGUCAACUCAGAAUCGAAUCAAGACAUUUUUAAAGAAGGACACUUAAAGUAA